AUGGAGACAAUCUCCAGGAUCUCCUCGAUGCUGGAAACAGCUAGGGAGCUCACUCUCGAAGCGGCUCAGUCGGCCGCCGUGUCCAGAGGAACCGGAAUUGGAACGUCGUCACGAAAUAUAAGUGUAUCACAUAUUAAAAAGCUCCUCGACUCCCGCAACGAUCGUGAUGUUCUUGAUGGCAUGCGACGGAUCCUCUCCCUGAUGUACCGAUCCGAACCCUCCCUACCUUUCUUUUCGGCAGUUGUGAAAAACGUGGCGAGCGCAAACCUCGAAAUCAAAAAGCUGGUAUAUAUCUACCUCGUUCACCAUGCGGAGGCCGAACCCGACCUCGCUCUGCUGUCCAUCAAUGCAAUCCAGAAAUCGCUCACCGAUCAGAAUCCCCAGGCACGCGCCAUGGCGCUGCGCACAAUGGCGAGUAUCAGAGUGCCAGUUAUAAGCGCCAUCGUGUCCUUGGCGGUCAAACGGGGUUGCGGCGACAUGAGUCCUCAUGUGCGGAAAGCAGCUGCGCUAGCUAUUCCGAAGUGUUAUAGACUUGAUCCUAGCACUCAACCUCAGCUUAUUGGAUUUAUUGAGACGCUCCUAGGAGAUAGCCAGUACUUCGUUGCUGGUCCAGCUGUUUCCGCAUUCCUAGAAGUCUGCCCUGAUAGGAUCGACUUGGUACACAAACACUAUCGUGGCUUGGUUAAGAAGCUUGUGGAUAUGGAUGAAUGGGGCCAGCUGGCCACUAUUCGUCUUCUUACUUUCUAUUCCCGGCAAUGUUUCCCUUUGAAGACUCGAAAAGUACAAAGGACUCAGGCUAAAUCGCAAGGGUUCUACGAUGAUGAAGUCGACGAUACCAAUAAUCAAGGCGACGGGGACACCUAUGAUGCCCUAGUUCUUGAUCCUGACCUGGAGCUAUUUUUGCGAUCGUGCAAGUUACUUUUGCAAAGUCGGAAUUCUGCUGUGCUUGUGGCCGUUGUUCGCUGUUUUCUUUACCUUGCGCCCCCGGAAUAUCUUGCUGCAGCUGUUGGUCCGCUGGUUGCUUUACUUCGGAGCCCUCAGGACAUGCAACUGGUUGCUUUGUACAACAUUGUUGUUGUCGCUUUACAAUACCCCAAGCCCUUUACAAAGUACCUUUCACAUUUUCUAGUUCAUGCAUCGGACCCGCCUCACAUCUGGCGCUUGAAGCUUGAAGUCAUCGCCAUACUCUUUCCCCACUGUGGCGAUCAUUUCAAGGGCCUCAUCAUCAGCGAGCUCGAGCAUUUCGCGCAGGGUGCAGACCCGGCUCUGGUACGAGAGAGCGUGCGCGCAUUGGGACGGUGUGCGCAGGCAGACCCUAAUACCUCCGACAAAUGCCUACGUAUCCUACUCCAGCAGAUUACUAGUCUUGAUGACAAUCUCGUCGCAGAAUCACUGACGGUUAUUCGACAUCUGAUUCAACAAAACCCAACUUCGCAUGAACGAACUGUUAUCCAACUUGUGAAACAUCUCGGGUUGACAACCAGUCCAGAUGCGAGAGCUACCAUUGUGUGGCUAGUUGGUGAGUAUGCAGGAGUUGAACCGGAUAGGAAUUUUGCGCCGGAUGUUUUACGGGUUCUAGUGCAGAACUAUGCCGAUGAACCAGAACCAGUAAAACAGCAAAUCCUCUUACUGGGGGCUAAAGUCUACCUUCACCAUAUCUUAUGCAACCCUCCGGCUGAAGAAAAGCCUCCGCUUCAACACGAGCCUCAGGCAGAGCCAAACAACGAGUGGGCCGAUAGUCCUGACGCGGAGGCAAAUGAUAUCAACGGCACUGAUGAGAAGCAAGACGUGGCCGAAGGAGACGAUGCAAUUAGUCUUCUUUGGCGCUAUAUUCUGCUCCUUGCCAGGUACGACACGUCUUACGAUCUUCGGGACCGUGCCCGCUUAUACAAAGCUCUCCUUUCCUCUCCUUCAUCAACUCAAAUUGCGAAUCUGCUUCUUCUCGCCCCGAAGCCGGUCCCACAUGUUCCAAGCCCGUCUGAGACUAGGAAGGACUUGCUGAUAGGGUCCGCGACCCUUGUUCUAGGCCCAGACGCUGGGGCCCAUGGGCUACGAGGCUACGAGAAUUUGCCAGACUGGGUUCAAGCGGGGCAGGAACCAGACCCUAGUCUUCGAGAGUCAGAGGUCAAAGUCGGGAAAACAGGAGCAGUGGCUCCCACUGCGGGUGAGCAGCUUGACAGAGCGCUCAAAGAGCACGAGAUGAGCGUCGCCGCUUCAAACAAGGCUCAAGCGAGUCGCGUGAAGGAGGCAGCUUCCGCAUCAAAGAGCAAGACUCUGGAUCAAUGGCUUGAUGAGCGAGAGGCUGAAUCAGAAGACGAAUCCGAAUAUGAGGAAGUAACAGAUUCAGAGGAAGAAGAGGGAUCGACGGAAUACGAAACCGACUCUGAAGAGGAGGAAGAUGAAGAAGAUGAUGAAGAAGAAGACACGGACUCGGAUGAGCACGAACAGGCACGGCAGCUUCUGGCCUAG